AAUAUAUUUAGCACUAUUAAGCAUGUUUCAUGGACGGGAUACUUAACUUACUUAUAGAAAACUGCUUUAAAACCUUCCAAAGCACAGAUCUCGACGGCUUGCACAGUCAUAAAAGUGCAGGGAUGAUAAUAGAGCAAUAAUAAUAGAGUAAUAAUCAAUAAUCACAUAGGUAAAUUGACUUACUGACUUUAUUAAUUUGGUUUUGUAGAGCAGCAAAGGACAACACUCCAAACUGUAAAAUGCAACACACAGUGCAAACCCACUUUUUGUAAUAUUUCCUACUGUGAUGCGAAGCAUUAUAUUGCUUAUUUUAAACAUUUCUACUUGAAUUGUUAGUCAGCUUUGUGAGGACUAGAUAGUCUUCCUCUGGUUCCUUUCCUGAAUUUAAAGAAAAAGACUAACAGUGAACACAUAUUGGAUCUUGUAUCAUGUAUGAUCUGGGACCAGCACAUUGAACAAGAUGACUUUAAAUACAACAAUGGUUCCUGUUGCAGAGCAGCUUUCCAGUAUUUAGAGUGUGCUGAUGUAGCUCAAGCUGAACACAGCUCCACCCCAUUCUCUAUACUCCCUCUGUCUCCCUCUCCACCCCCUAAGGCCCCCUAAUUAUUGGACACACAAUGGCAGUUGAUCCAUCGGUCACUGUGCUUCUGAUGAGUGUAGCUAAUUCUGGGUCAAUGCACAUCCCACCCCCUCCCACCAAGUGGGCUGGCGAAGCCAAUCAAGUCUCUGCAAACUGUGGAUCUGCCCACGCAGGCUGCACACACGUGCACGGAUAUGAACACACACACUGCAGCCUCUGGAAAUCCCCGAACAAUCAACAUCUACUGACUGGUGAGGAGGGUGAUGGGAUCCCCGAAUUUUCCAGCACGCACUGUGCUGUUCCAGAAGGAGCCAAACGGGGUGACCUACAGGGUCCCGGCCCUGCUGUACCUGCCCAGCCCCCCCUGCCUCCUUGCCUUCUGUGAGCAGCGAGUGACCCCUGCGGACACCCAGGCAAAGCUUCUGGUCCUACGCAGGGGCACCUUCUAUCCAAACGGCGUGGAGUGGGAGGACAUGACGGUCCUGGAUUCAGCCCAGCUAGAAGGCUGCCGCCAGGACCGAGGGAAGACAUGGAGCUCUGUUAUGGAUAUGACCUUGGCUGUGAUUGGAGACGCCAUUAAGGAUUGGGCCACCUUUGCUCUUGGCCCAGGACAUGGGAUCCAGCUGAGGUCGGGCCGCCUGCUGGUGCCCGCAUACGCCUACCACAUCGGCCGUCGCAGGCGCUUCGGACAGCCGUGUGAGACCACACCCCGCUCCUUCUGUCUCCACAGCGACACGCACGGUCGCAGCUGGUGCCGCGGGGAGGCUGUGCCGUCCCUGGAGAGUGUGGAGUGCCAGGUGGUGUCCGUGGACCAGCAGGAUGGAGGAGAUGUGCUCUACUGCAAUGCACGGAGUCCGCUGGGGUUCCGGGUUCAAGCCCUCAGCCUGGACGGUGGCAUUGUCUUCCGGGACAGCCAGCUGGUGCCGAAGCUCAUAGAGCCUCCACAUGGUUGCCAUGGCAGUGUGGUGGGCUUCCCAGCACCUAUCAGCCAGCCUGGGAAGUCCAAGGAAGCCUCCAGCUAUGGUCAGAACCUCUUGACCCCCACCUGGGUGGUUUAUUCUCACCCCACCUGGCCCAGUGGGCGGCAGGACUUGGGUGUGCACCUGAGCCCCUUCCCUCGUGACCCUGACAGCUGGUCUCCGCCCUGGGUUAUAUACCAGGGCCCCAGUGCCUACUCGGACCUGGCCUAUCUGGAACCAGCCGCACCAGCGUCUCCAUUGGCUGGGGCGUUCGCCUGUGUCUUUGAGAGCGGCUCACUGACGCCUUACGACCAGAUAUCAUUCUGCGUCUUUACCCUGCACGAGCUCUUCAACAACAUCCCUGAGCACAAGCCGGCACAGAGCCGUAACAGCAGGCUUUGUGGACUCUGCAUCAUCUCCUAGUGGUCAUCUAUGGAAUGGCAGUGAGAAAAAACCCCGUCUCCGUUCCUCUAGCAACCUUUCUUUUAACCAUUUUACAAACAAAUAAAAGGCAGGUCCUUGAGCAAGACCCUUGACCCUUGACCCCCAGCUCCCUGGGCACCGCUACAGACUAUUUCCCCA